AUGAAUGAAGAAUUCAAAGGGGUCAACUUCUCUUACACCAGAUUUAUUUUUGUGGGUUUCCCUGAAAUCAGCGACUACAAACAUUUACUCUUCUUCCCAUUUUUUAUAACAUACAUCUUGGGUUUGGCAGGAAACUCAUUACUGCUCUUUGUGAUAAAGACCAGCGAGUCUCUCCACAGCCCCAUGUAUAUACUGAUAUCUGGCUUGGCUAUGGUCAACAUUGUCGUCCCUACAGCCAUCGUCCCCAACAUGCUACUGAGCUUUCUGUUCGAUUUGAAUGAAAUCUCUUUGGCUGGUUGCUUGACUCAGAUGUUUUUCACUCACUUUUUCUCCUCUGUAGAAUCCACCAUUCUUUUGGCAAUGGCUCUGGACCGGCUGAUAGCCAUUUGCAAUCCGCUGCGGUACGCAGACAUCAUGAAUGCUUCCGCCUUCAUAAAACUGGCCGCUUUCAUGCUCGUAAGGAGUGGAUCAAUAAUGUCUGCCCUCGUUAUCCUAGCCCGUCCUCUGGCUUUUUGCCGGUCAAAUGUCAUUAAGCAUUGCUACUGUGAUCACAUGGCCCUGGUCAGCCUGGCCUGUGACAGCACUGCAAAAAACAAUGUCAUGGGACUGGCAGUGAUCAUUUCUUUUGUUGGCAUCGAUAUUUCUGUUAUUGUCUUCUCAUACAUCCGCAUCUUAAACGCAGUUCUGCAAGCGGCAGAGGAUCGGUGGAAAGCUUUCCAUACUUGUGGCACGCACUUGAUUGUCAUGCUUUGCUUCUACUUAGUGGGCAGUGUGACAUUUUUAUCUCAUAAUCUAGGUAUCACCAUGCCAACAGGCGUAAAUACAUUUUUAGGAGUACUAUAUAUUAUUUUCCCCGCCACAGUAAAUCCAAUUAUUUAUGGUGUCCGAACAAAGGAAAUAAGGAACUGUAUAUUGAAGAUGUUCAGAAAGAGAGGAAGUAAGGUCUUCACAGUAAAGGUUUCAACAGUGAAAGCUUGA